GGGCGCGCGGGGCAUGCCGGGCGGCCCCAGGUGGGCAGGUGCCUGGGCGGGGCGCGCCGCGGUUGGCGCCCGGGUGGCGGGGCGGCUGCCUAGUACCCGGAAGAGCCGUCAACUUCGCGAGGCGCAACAGGCUGCAGCUGAGGGGCUGGAGCCGGUGGGUACUGGGCCGCAAUGGACAAGCUGAAGAAGGUGCUGAGCGGGGAGGACACGGAGGACCGGAGCGGCCUGUCCGAGGUUGUUGAGGCAUCUUCAUUAAGCUGGGGGACCAGGAUAAAAGGCUUCAUUGCGUGUUUUGCUAUAGGAAUUCUCUGCUCAGUGCUGGGUACUCUUCUGCUGUGGGUGCCCAGGAAGGGAUUACACCUCUUCGCAGUGUUUUAUACCUUUGGUAAUAUCGCAUCAAUUGGGAGUACCAUCUUCCUCAUGGGACCAGUGAAACAGCUGAAGCGAAUGUUUGAGCCUACACGUUUGAUUGCAACUAUCAUGGUGCUGUUGUGUUUUGCACUUACCCUGUGUUCUGCCUUUUGGUGGCAUAACAAGGGACUUGCACUUAUCUUCUGCAUUUUGCAGUCUUUGGCACUGACGUGGUAUAGCCUUUCCUUCAUACCAUUUGCAAGACGGAUGUUUCCAGUCCUAAAGAUUAGUGUCACAGGGUUGGACCCCAAUGCCAUGUACUCCCUCCUGCUGGACUUUGUCCCUACGGACAGUCACCGCUGGAAGUAUGUCAAUGGGGAAUGGGUGCCCGCUGGCAAGCCAGAGGUCUCCAGCCACAGCUGCGUCUACAUUCACCCGGACUCCCCCAACUUUGGGGCCCACUGGAUGAAAGCUCCCAUCUCCUUCAGCAAAGUGAAGCUGACCAACAAGCUCAAUGGAGGCGGGCAGAUAAUGUUGAAUUCUCUGCAUAAGUAUGAACCCCAGGUUCACAUAGUGCGUGUUGGAAGUGCUCAUCGAAUGGUAACGAACUGCUCCUUCCCUGAAACCCAGUUCAUAGCCGUGACUGCGUAUCAGAAUGAGGAGAUAACAGCUCUCAAAAUCAAGUACAAUCCUUUUGCCAAAGCCUUCUUGGAUGCCAAGGAAAGAAAUCACCUAAGAGACGUUCCGGAGGCUCUCUCUGAAAGCCAGCAUGUGACCUGUUCUCACUUGGGAGGCUGGAUCUUUUCCAAUCCGGAAGGAGUGUGCACAGCAGGAAACUCGAAUUACCAGUAUGCCGCUCCUCUGCCUCUGCCUGCUCCCCACACCCACCAUGGCUGUGAGCACUAUUCGGGCCUCCGAGGACACCGGCAGACUCCCUACCCUUCUGCAUACAUGCAUAGAAACCAUUCUCCCUCAGUGAAUUUGAUAGAAAGCUCAAGCAAUAAUCUGCAAGUUUUCUCGGGACCUGACAGCUGGACUUCCUUAUCCUCCACACCCCAUGCCAGCAUCCUGUCUGUACCCCACACCAACGGACCAAUCAAUCCAGGUCCCAGCCCCUAUCCGUGCCUGUGGACCAUCAGCAAUGGUGCCGGAGGCCCCACUGGGCCAGGCCCGGAGGUGCAUGCCAGCGCCCCAGGAGCAUAUCUCCUCGGAAACCCAGCUGUGACUUCACCCCCUUCUGUGCUCUCCACCCAAGCACCCACUUCGGCUGGUGUGGAGGUUCUGGGGGAGCCCUCGCUAACCAGCAUUGCUGUGUCCACCUGGACAGCAGUGGCCUCGCAUCCCUUCGCGGGCUGGGGUGGCCCAGGAGCGGGUGGGCACCAUUCUCCUUCCUCAUUGGAUGGUUAAGCAGGAUCCUAGGAGCCUCUAUCCACAGAGAUCCUUCUAUGUGUAGAGCGCUUAGAAACCCCAUCUACUGAUUUAGUGAGUCAGACUGUGGAAUCUCCCUUCCCACUAGCUGGAGGCGGAGGUGAGUUAUUACAGAAGUCAUACUGGGAAAGGGUUCAGUUUGGAUGAUGCUAGUUAUGUCAAUUGCAUCUCUCCACCAUUUUCUUCUGCACUCCCAUUUUCUCUGCAGCUUAUUCUUGCCAUGCUUAGGUGACAGAAGUUUGUGAAGUACCGUCCUUGUGCUCUGCCCCUUACUCUCAAAUCGUUCUGGAAAGCCUCACUUCCUUUUCUGUGGAGAAGGUGCAAAGCUGUUAAAUGAGCUCAAAGUUUACCUAUCUAAGGCCACUGCUUCCUGCUUUGUGCAGCCUGGAAAGUAUGUGUGGUUACGGAGCUCAGGUUUGCACUUCUGCUUUGAGACCAGGCGUGGGUGUAAGCCAUAGAGUAAGGUUAACAAAAAGAAUAAAGCUCAUCAUGUAUUCCUCAUAGCAGUGUGCCCAGACUUGUGGAAAUGAAGUCAUGUCACUCCUCUGCUCACAAACCUUCAAUGGUUCACCAUCACCAAUGGAAUGAGUCAGAUCUCCUCACUAUAGCUGGGUGUGGUAGCUUAAGCCUAUAAUCUCAGCCCUUUUGGAGGCCAAGGUAGGAGGAUCGUGUGAGGUCAGGAGUCUGAGACCAGCCUGUGCAACAAAGUGAGAGCCUGUCUCUACAAA